AUGGACUGCACUGACGUAAUAAGCAUCACCAUGGGAAGGAUCAUCUUCUACGAGGACAGGAAUUUCCAGGGGCGCUCCUAUGAGUGCAAUACCGACUGCCCAGACCUGUUCUCAUACCUCAGUCGCUGCACCUCUUGCAGGGUGGAGGCUGGGUGCUUCGUGGUCUAUGAUCGUCCCAACUUCAUGGGUAACCAGUAUUUUCUGAGGAGAGGCGAGUACUCUGACUACGUCCGCAUGGGCUUGAGUGACUCCAUCCGUUCCUGCCGCUUGAUUCCUCAGUAUAGAGGACCCUUCAGGAUGAGGAUUUACGAGAGGGAGAACUUCGGAGGUCAGAUGCAUGAGCUGAGUGAAGACUGUGACUCCAUCAUGGAACGCUACCGCAUGUCUGAGUGCAUGUCCUGCCACGUGAUGGACGGCCACUGGCUCAUGUAUGAGCAGCCCCACUACAGAGGCAGGAUGUAUUACUUCAGGCCUGGAGAGUACAGGAGUUUCAGAGACAUGGGCAUGAACAUAAGGAUCAGUUCCAUCAGACGCAUCAUGGAGUACUGUUAA